UUCGCUAAGAAUGGCAAUGGUAAGGGUGAAUAUGGCAUGCAGUUACUCUCGCAUGUGGUGGAUUUUGAUAUAAUUUCCUUUUAGCAAUUACUGUGAAGUAAAUUUAUUACAUUAAAUAGGUAUAUUUAUACAAUGACGUCUGUAACAGAUGAUGCGAAAAAGAAAGCGGAGGAAUUAAAAGAGAAAGCAAAUGAACAUUUCAAAAAUAAAGAAUUUGAUAAAGCUAUAGAAAUGUAUACUCAAGCCAUUGAGCACAAUCCUAAUGUAGGAGCAUACUAUGGAAAUCGUAGUUUUGCAUAUUUAAAAACUGAAUGUUUUGGUUAUGCUUUGAGAGAUGCUUCAAAAGCUAUUGAACUCGAUGAGACCUAUGUGAAG